AUGUCUGCCCAAGAUGGCAGCACCAUCACGCGCCUGCCCGUGCAGAUCGAAGCCGUGCUCAUCAGCGUGUUCUUCCAUCAGAUAGAGCACCAUCACACGCCUAUCGAGGCCGUGCUCAUUGGCACGCUCUUCCAUCAGUCGACGAUGGCGCUCAUGUGCAUCGCCGUCGAGCGUUACGUCUGCAUCCUGCACCCGCUUCGCUAUGACGCCAUCAUGACGCAUCGCCGCUGCGUUGUUAUGGUCGCCGGCACGUGGGCUGUCACGUUCGUCUGCUACGCAGCAAUAGUACUUGCUGCACGCCUCUUCUACUUCGACAGCGUAGGCGCGACGUGCGAGCCGUUCUACGGCAAUCCGACACUGACGUUCAGCGUGAUAGGUUUAUUCUAUGUACCUCCGCUCGUCGUGCUUGUGUUCUGCUACGGCCGCAUAUACCUGGUGACGCGGCAGCAGGUGCGACGCAUCGCGGCACAAGCCGAGUACAUCAACGGUCUAUCACAUCCGUCCGACUCAGCCGCCUCCGAGACUGAGGUGUCUCGAGGCGUGCUAACGAGUGUGGUCACCGUUGCCAUCGUCGGCUUCAACGUGCUUGGCAUGUGCGUCGUUCAUAGCGACCAUUACCGACGCCACAUGCGCGACCAGGCGCGUAUGUUGCUGACAUCACUCGCAUGCACGGACCUCGCCAUGGGCGUGCUCGUCACACCCUUCUGCAUAUACCCGUCAGUCUACGAGUGCUGGCCGUUCAGCGAGUGGUUCUGCCAGAUGGGCAGAGACGGGCAGCCGCGACGACACUGCCGAGCCGUCAAGUCUUCGAAGACACCGGCCGCCAUUGCUCUGGGAUUCUUCAUUGCCGUCACACCGUGGACUCUCUCGCAGCUGAUCCCACUAGGUGGCACCCCUGUCAACGCAACCCUCGAUUUCCUGCUCACGUGGCUCGCACUCAGUAAUAGCUUCUGGAAUGUUGUCAUCUAUGGCAUCAUCAGCAAGUCAUAUAGGAAUGCUGCUAGCAAGCUGCUGGUGGACCUCGUACAUAAGAACAGAGGCAGUAGCGUGCGGCCCGCCAUCGCCUCGGUGCCGGCGAAUAGCGGGAGGCACGAUGCGCCGCCCGUGUUAGCCUUGGAACAAGGCAGCGUGGAACCCAUGGAGCUGCAAUCAUGCUAA